CAGUUUGUUUAUUUAUUUAUUAACACCACGCCAAACAGACCCAGUUUUUGAACGUUCAAACAUUCAUGAGAUCUUUAAUGUGUUCUAUGUUUUGACCCCCUUGGUUAAUUCACAUGACUUGAAAUUAACUUAAAAUGUCGGUAUUUCGAUACCAGAUUUAUUAAUUCAUGUACAACAAUGGAGACAUUUGCCUCAUUUAUCACCUGUAGCAUCUUCGUCCAUUUUCUUUUGUGUGUCUCAGCCAAACCACCACAUAUUCUUUUCAUCGUAGCAGACGAUCUUGGUUGGAACGAUGUCGGAUUUCGGAACCCCGAUGUCCUCACCCCAAACAUCGAUAAAUUGGCGCGCAGUGGGAUGAUCCUGAAUUCAUCCUACGUAAUGCCAGUCUGCACACCAUCAAGGAAUUCAUUCAUGACAGGUCAUUAUGCCUUUAAAUCUGGAUUACAGCAUCUUGCGAUUAAUCCACAACAAGCCACUUGUGCCCCUCUAAACUAUACAUUUUUACCUCAGAAAUUGAAGGAACUUGGUUAUGCUACUCAUGCAAUUGGAAAGUGGCAUUUGGGAUUUUGUAAAUGGGAGUGUACCCCUACAUAUCGAGGAUUUGACACAUUCUUUGGAUUUUACAAUGGCCAAGAAGACUACUCUACUCUCAGUGUCGCUGGAGGUAAAGACUUCAGAGACAAUAAAGUACCUGUAAACGCAACAGGUGAAUACUCCACAUUUUUGUAUUCCCGGAGAGCAGAGUCAAUUAUUAAGGAGCAUGAUGCAUCCAAACCGAUAUACAUGUACUUACCUUUCCAAUCUGUACACGCACCCCUUCAGGUCCCUAAUAGGUAUACUGACAUGUACACCAAUGUACAUACCAAAAGCCGCCGGACUUACAUGGGUAUGGUAACUGCAAUGGAUGAAGCUAUCGGCAACAUUACAAAAGCUCUAAAGACCAAAGGAAUUUUUAAUGAUACUCUUAUUAUUUUUACUACUGAUAAUGGUGGUGCUGUUAAGUUUGCUGGAAAUAACUACCCUUUGAGGGGUGGAAAGGCCACCUUGUUUGAGGGAGGAACUAGAGCUACUGCUUUUGUGACCGGGGCAGGAAUACAAAAGUUUAACUAUGAAUAUUCAGGAUUAAUUCAUGCAGUAGAUUGGAUGCCAACUGUGCUUAGCGCCGCAGGAGGAACAGCAGACUCGAAAUUAGAUGGUAUUGAUCAGUGGGAUAGUCUUCGAACAGCACGAGAAUCGAAAAGAAACGAGUUUAUCUACAUUGACGACUUUAGGCCAGAGAUUGGUGGCCAUGCAGCCAUAAGGAUAGGUGACUAUAAGUUGAUUGAUGGUUAUCCUGGGCUCCACCAAGGUUGGUACAAGCCAGAUCAUGUAGGCUAUGACCUGAACGAAGAUGUUUCGACAAACUGCAUGCGCCCUUUUUUCGACAAAAUGAUGCUCUUUAACUUGCAGGACGACCCUAAUGAACAUGUCGAUUUAUCCAGGAAGCACCCAGAUAUAGUGAAAAAAUUGAAGUCGAGACUCGAGUACUAUCAUAAUCAAAUUGUUCCUGCAAAUUUCCCUAAGAAUUCGGCAUCGUCAGCCCCAACCAGUUACGGAGGAUUUUGGUCUCCAGGAUGGUGUUAAUGUGUUGUAGACUAAAAAGGUCUUUAGUGUUGUUCUUUUGAAUAAUUUUAAUUGUUUUAAAAAUAUAAAGCUUAAACAGACAAUAAAAUUUUUUUGAUUGGGCAUAUACAUAAAUUUGUUAAUCAUAAAGU